AUGGCAUUCAAGUUCGUCGCUCUUCUUGCCCUCAUCGCCGCCGCCAGCGCAGGUGUCUUGCCCGCCGCUCAGGUGUACCAUGCCGCUCCAGCUGUGGCCACCUACCACCAUGCCGCUCCAGCUGUGGCCACCUACCACCAUGCCGCUCCAGCUGCCGUUGUCAAGACUGUGGCACAGCCCGUGUACGCCAAGGCUGCCGAGGAAUACGAUCCCCAUCCCCAGUACAAGUUCGCCUACGAUGUCCAGGACUCGCUCUCCGGCGACUCCAAGAGCCAGGUGGAGGAGCGCGAUGGUGAUGUCGUUCGUGGCGAAUACUCUCUGAUCGAUGCUGAUGGCUACAAGCGCACCGUUCAAUACACUGCCGAUCCCAUCAACGGCUUCAACGCUGUGGUGAACCGCGAACCCCUCGUCAAGGCCGUUGCUGCUGCCCCAGUUGCCCACUACGCUGCCCCCACAGUCGUGAAGACCGUCGCACCUGUUGCCCACUAUGCUGCCCCAGCUGUGGCUCACUAUGCUGCCCCCGCUGUGGCUCACUAUCGCCCCCGCCUACACCACCUACCAUCACUAAAUGCCAUUUGUUGUUGA